UGAACAGGAAGCGCGUUUAGUCAGCGCUGGAGAGCGGAGCAGGACGGUCGUUUGGUUGGGGUGUCCACCGCCGCCCCGCUCCUGGUUUUUACAUUUAAAGAAGAACAAUAAAGCAUUUUGAUGCUGUAACGAUAGGUUGGGCGAAGGGGAAGAUUAACUUUAUCUUUUAGGAAAGUGACUUAGAUUUCUUUUCCUGAAGUGAUUUUCAGUUUUUUUUAGUCCGAAAGACAAAAGGGCGUGUGUGGGGUUCUGUGGAGGAUCUCUCUUUUAACUCUUGCAUGUUGGUACUUAACAUUUUAUACCUUUUCACUUUUGCAUCGCUUCGAGAAGUCGCUUAAGGAUGGGGUGCACCUUAAGCACGGAGGACAAAGCUGCCGUCGAGCGCAGUAAAAUGAUCGACAGGAAUUUGCGGGAUGAUGGCGAGAAGGCUGCGAGGGAGGUGAAGCUCUUGCUCCUGGGUGCUGGGGAGUCAGGAAAAAGCACUAUCGUCAAACAGAUGAAGAUUAUCCAUGAGGCAGGAUACUCGGAGGAUGAAUGCAAGCAGUAUAAGGCCGUGGUCUACAGCAACACCAUCCAGUCCAUCAUCGCCAUCAUCCGCGCCAUGGGCCGCCUCAAAAUCGACUUUGGGGAUCCUGCCCGAGCGGAUGAUGCACGGCAGCUGUUUGUGCUGGCGGGUUCUGCCGAAGAGGGAUUCAUGACCACUGAACUGGCUGGGGUCAUCAAGCGCCUAUGGAAGGACGCCGGCGUGCAGGCCUGCUUCAGCCGAUCUCGAGAGUACCAGCUCAACGACUCUGCCGCAUACUACCUGAAUGACCUAGACAGGAUAGCCAACAACGCUUACGUUCCCACUCAGCAGGACGUGCUCCGGACCAGAGUGAAGACAACAGGCAUUGUGGAAACUCACUUUACCUUUAAGGACCUGCACUUCAAGAUGUUUGACGUGGGGGGUCAGAGGUCAGAGAGGAAGAAGUGGAUUCACUGCUUUGAGGGUGUGACGGCCAUCAUCUUCUGCGUGGCCCUGAGCGACUAUGAUUUGGUCCUAGCUGAGGAUGAGGAGAUGAACCGGAUGCACGAAAGCAUGAAGCUGUUUGACAGCAUCUGCAACAACAAAUGGUUCACGGACACCUCCAUCAUCCUGUUCCUGAACAAGAAGGACCUGUUUGAGGAGAAGAUAAAGAGAAGCCCUCUCACCAUCUGCUUCCCGGAGUACGCCGGCUCAAACACGUACGAGGAAGCCGCCGCCUACAUCCAGUGCCAGUUUGAGGACCUGAACAAGAGGAAGGACACCAAGGAGAUCUACACCCACUUCACCUGCGCCACCGACACCAAGAACGUGCAGUUUGUCUUCGACGCCGUAACCGACGUCAUCAUCAAGAACAACCUGAAGGACUGCGGGCUCUUCUAGAGCAUGCCGGAGUUUGGUGAGGAGGUGAGGCCAGGUCGACUCGGUUUAAUGGAGAAGCCGACUUGUGGGGGAAAACUCCCAGUCAAACCAGUGAUGUACCAUAUGCCAGUUUAAGCAAGUUUUAUUUAUGUUUUUCCUUUUUUGUCUUGAAUUUAUUAGUUUUAGAGAACAUUUGUGUAGGAUAUUUGUACCGUUGUAACUUGUUGCAGUCAUUUUUAUUUUUCAUCUCUGGUCAUUUUUAAUUUUCUGCCCCUUUUAAAAAGGAGGCUUGUCUUGUUUGGGGACGGGUGGGGCGGGGGGUUCUCCCAUUCUUCUGAAAAGGUAGGAUCCGUUUGGACUCCUGCAUGUUUGGUACCUGUGCCUUUGCAUGCCCUGUUCAGACCCUGUUCCCUGUUGUUUUUUUGCCCUGUUCUAUCAUCUCUAAUUACAGUUACCUGUUUAGACUUCCCCCACUCCCCUUCCCACCCUCCUGCCCAUUGUGGCCACUGGACCUGCCUGGAGAUCAGGUCUCUGGGCACAUUUUUACCACGCAGCCUUAGCUGUCUCAACACAACAGAAAAGCCAUCUGGUGUGAUGGCAGUGUCCAGGAGUACAUUUCAGUAAGGAGGGGGCAGUCUUGUUUUCUGACUUUUUUUAAUGAAAAAUGAGAAGUUGUAGUUUAAGACGAACUAUCUCCGCUGUGGAAGAGGAGGGCCUAGUUGCUGUAUAUUUUGAAUCAAAUUGACUUUGGAGAUGUUUUAAUGGGAUAUAGAGAAGAGCGAGGGCUUCGAUUUAAAUAGCACAGUGCUUCUAGGAUCGUUCAUAAGCAAAGUUAACAAGUUUGGGGGGGCUUGGUUAUCUGUAACCAGACAGACUGCCACCGCUAGCAGUGGUCUCUGGACCGGGAACACCUGUAGACUCAUGUCCCUUAUUUUGCUAAUAAAAGAUCAUUAACAACCUG